AUGGCUCCUAAUCCCUCCCGCAAGGGCCCAGACCUCAAGAUGACCAUGACCACCAGAGCCAACACCGGUGUUCAGGGAAACGCCGGCAUUCAGAAGAUCACUGCUUCCAAAGGGACCAAGAACGAGAAAGCUUCCAAGGCCGAUUCGAAGGAGAAUAAAUUUAACACCUUCCACCCUUUCGGAACCAGGCUUCCCCGGGAACUUGCAGUCAUGAUCAUCGAGGAGGCGGUCGAAUGCGGUCCUGCCAUUGCUUACGCUGAAUGCAAGAUGGACAAGUACGACUCUCUGAGACUCGCUUUGACUAACGGAAAAGAUGGUAACGCGUCCAAAUUCAAGGAGUUGAUCCGUCUGGCCAAGCUGCUCCCCGACUUCCGGUGCAUCAUUGAGCGCCGCUUCGGACAAUCCUUGGACGAGAACGUCGCGAAGGAUCCGAGACUUGGUAUCCGCAAAGAGAAAGACCUGAUGGUCAUGAAUUUCAAUGGACGAGGAGUCCAGUUCUUGAACUGGAUCACUAUGGCGGUGAUUUCAAUCAAUCGCUCUGAGCUCGCUCCCGGUAUCCGCAACGUGGGCGUUCGGUUCAACGAUGCCAAAUGCGACGGUAUUUCCAUCUGCUACGGUUGCGCAGCUUGUGUCGAUGACAUUGUCCUGAAGAAUUCCUGCGCGUGGGAGCUCGCCUUCUUCUGCCAGAACCUCUCUGACGCCGACGACAUCUUCGUUCUUGUCCUCUUGAGAGGCACAGAUGUUGUGGGCAACAACGUCAACAAGCAUGCGAACCUGAUGAAGACUCUGAUUGCCGACUCCAAGACCAUUCGCGGCCACGCUUCCUUUGAGGACGCCAAUCGAACAUGGGUUGAAGUGAGUCGGCACACCCCGCGUGCCCAUCUGGCCCUGGUUAAGUCUCAUGUUCUUCUACCCGUUCUCUCUCUCUGCAGGGCAGCUCAGAGCAUCAAUGCCAACCAAGUCUCGCGCCUCGUUGGCGCUCAAGCGCGUCGACGCGUGCGCUUUCGCGUCCUUGUUGGCUCUCGCUGGAAGGAUGCUACACUGAAGAUCUGA